AAGGUUAUCCACAGUUUAUGCAUUUGUUUGAAUGCAACAGUUUCCAUAUUGUUUGCUCUUGGUUCGAGUUUCGGUUGUUCAUAAACUGUUACCAAAUCUAGACACAGCUAUCGGCUGUCUUUGGACUAUCGAAGCUUUUGCUAUUUUCAUUUUUGAACGACGCGUUUAAACGCCUAGACACCUCACAAGUUGAGAACCGCUUUUGUAGACAAAUCGUUGUUUUGGAACUUCGAUUUCGCGCGUAUCUCAAUCGGGGUUACUUCGACGCUUCGAUAGAAUUAACAGUUCUCAACUUUGGUCUCAUUUGGUCUGGAUACAGUUCUGAACUUUGGUCCUAAUUGGAGGGAACACUUGCUGUAACGAAAUUUGGUCGGAAUUCUGUUUGGUUCAUUCAUCCCAACGAUGACUAGAACAAAAAGAAUGAAGUACAACGAUGACAGUUCCCAAGACACAGACAAUUCCAGUGCUGAAAAUAUUCCUUCACUUUCUAAGGUGAAUCCAUCUAUUCCUUUAUAUCUUGCCUUUGAUAUUGUUAAACCUAACCCCAAAGACAGUUGCUCGGUAGGAGACAACUAUGUAGACACUAGAUACAGCGUAGAAGAAGUGGUUUCUAGGGAAAGGGAAGUAGAAAAGAUUAAGCUGGAGAUUAGAGAACUCCAACUACGCAGGCGAUUGUUAGAGCUAACUCCGAACUUUUCAAACAAAGUGAGAAGACCUAGAAAGACUACCGAGUUGUCGGGGUCUCGAUCUGAGGAUAAAACUUCAGUAGUUACAGCAAGUCACCGAUACACCAAUGUACCUUCGAGCGAUGAAAUGCAAUUCAAAGCACAGGUAGAUAGCGUCAAAGCGCUAUGUAUGUCAGUAGGCUUACCGAAGAUAGAAAUCACGAAAUUUGACGGGAGCCCUCUGAAAUUUUGGACGUUCCUGAAGGGAUUCAAGGUUAACAUAGCUGACAGAGUAAAUGAUGACACUCAGAAAUUAAUGUACCUGAUACACUAUUGCGAAGGUAUAGCAAAGGAUGCUAUAGAACACUGCGUUUUAUUACCAGAAAAGGAAGGUUAUACUGAGGCAAUUAAAAUUCUACAUGAACGGUUCGGCAGACCACAUGACAUCGUGGAUACCUAUGCAUUGUUAGAUAAUGGCUCAGACUCGACAUUACUGCUUAGUGACGUGGCAAAGCAGGUAGGAAUUUCUGGUACAGUGACAAAAUUAAACAUAUCUUCGGUAAUUGGAGCGUCAUCUCAGAACGCUGAACUUACCAAUUUCGAAAUUGAGUCUUUAGAUAAGACCAACCGAAUAAAAAUCGAAGGUGCAUAUACUAUAAAUAACCUACCUAUUAAAAGAGCAGAAAUCCCACCAACGGACUUCCAAGAAAGAUGGAAACACUUGAAAGGUGUACAACUACCCACCAUAGCCUGUGACAAGGUUGGUUUGUUACUUGGUGUUGACGUUCCAGAGGCCCACUGGGUACUCGAUCAGCGUAUCGGAAAACCUAAACAACCCUAUGCUUCACUAACCAUGUUAGGGUGGGCUUUAUUUGGACCAACGGGUCAACCUAAUAAAACUUCAGUCUUCAUGAACUGUUUAAAAGCGAAAAAUUCCUUUGAGGAGGAUAUUCUCAAAUUAUUUGAACAUGAAUUUUCUGAAAAUAAGUACUCUGAUAAGGUUACCAUGCCCCUAUGUGAUAAGACCAUUAUGGAGAUUACUGACAAACAAACAGUAUUGCUCGAUGGACAUUAUCAAGUGCCGAUACCCUGGAAGGUGGAUUGGCACUCACUUCCAAGGAAUAACAGCGAAAUAGAAAAACGAUUAAUUUACCUACGUAAAACGUUGCUGAAAGACGAACAGCUUCGGAAACAGUAUACUAUUAUAUUAGCUACCCACGAAAGUAAAGGAUAUUUGUCUCGAGUAACUCAAGCUAUCGAAGAAGAAAGGUAUUUGAUUCCACAUCAUCCCGUAUUUAACCCUAAAAAACCAGGUAAAGUUCGGAUAGUCUUUGAUUGUGCUGCUAAGUUACAAAACAAGUCUCUAAAUGAUUGUAUAUAUUCUGAACCAGAUCUUACAAACGACCUAGUGGGAGUUUUGCUUAGAUUCAGAAAGCAUAAGAUUGGAUUGUCAGCAGACAUUGAAGAAAUGUUCCUCCAGGUACAUCUACCCGAAAGGGAUACAAAGGCCUUCAGCUUUAUAUGGUAUCCCGAUGGCAAUCUUGAUUCUCCUCCUGAGGUCUAUGAGUUCCAUGUACACCCCUUCGGGGCUACGUCCUCGCCGUUUUGCGCUACCUAUGCUUUAAGACGUACAGCUACAGACCACCGAGAUUUGUUUGAUGAAAAAACCCAGUCCAUCUUACGAGAAAAUUUUUAUGUAGACGAUUGUCUAGUCUCAGUAGAAACAAUACCAGAAGCUGCCGAGUUAGCAAAUAACCUGAUAAGACUCGUUGCGCUUGGAGGUUUUCGUUUACAUAAAUGGGUUAGUAACGUAAAUGAAGCGCUGAAUGACGUCCCUAUAGGUGAUAGAUCAAACAAUUUGGUUCGUAUACCAGGUUCAACAGAACGUAUACAGAAAACUUUAGGACUUUAUUGGCACACGCAAUUCGAUUGUUUUGCAUUUGACGUAAAUCUUCCCGAACGCCCGAUCACUAAGAGAGGCAUUCUGUCAUGUGCAUCAUCGUUAUAUGACCCGCUUGGAUUUCUAGCGCCUUUAUCACUUACCCCUAAACGAAUUCUGCAACAGCUAUGUCGUAAAAACUAUGGGUGGGAUGAGAUGAUAGACGAAGAGUCACGAUUGAGUUGGGAAGGUUGUUUAGAAGCAAAGAGUUCUAUCGAGGACGGACCCACGCCACCCUCUUCUUUGACCACAGUAGCGCCUGAAAACUCUUCAAAUCGUUUGUUGCCGUUCAUAGAUGAUCCUGGUUUAUGCCUUAAACACUCUCCUGAUGUGGCACUCUUAGUCGAUGAUGAUGAUGAUGAUGUACGCUCACUCAUAGUAGCAGCAACCGCUGUUAAGACUGAAGAUUCCAGGGUUCAUCAAGGUUUACCGUCAGUUCGUUCUUCUGGAUUUGACACUCCACCUGAUUCAAGAAGUAACCGACUUAUAGACACCUUUGACUCUGUAUCUAAAGCGACAGACGAGAAUCUAAUGGAUUUAGAACAAGUUAUUUCAUCACCAGCUGUUGACGAUGAGUACCUUCUAAAAACUGUCAACGAUAGUCACGUCGAUACAGUAGUGAAUAUUGACCUUAGAUAUAUUUCUCCUCCAGACAAAAUUCUUCCAACAGAUAGCGGCGAGUUAAUGUCAUCGAAAACAUCUGUUAGGUUCUCUGCCGAAACAGAUCUCCCUAGUGUUUCUGACGUGAACGAUAGUGCUAAAUCUGUAAUAGUACUACACGAGUCAUCAAUUAGUUGCAAAGCAACAACUCAGUUCUCUGCAAAUACGAAACUUGUAUCUCCUGUAGUGGCGUCUGCUGAGAGUUCUAUUGACAUCGAGCGUGAAACAGAGAAUCAGAAAGAUGAUUGUUUUAUUCAGUUUGCUGAUGAUGAUAAGAAGUUUAAGACAACUGUAUCCAUGUCUCCUUUAGUUGGGUUAGACAAGCAGAUACAACAUCCAUUACCAGACUUUAAGGAUAGUAGAGUAGCCGAAGAAAUGACUCAUCGGAACAUAGAAUGGCACCAUAACACUCCUUACGCAAAUCAUCAUCGAGUAUGGGAAAGAUUAAUAGGAAGCAUACGCAGACCUUUGAGUGCAGUAUCUAUGUCCUACGAGACACUCACUACCUGUUUGACUGAAGCAGGAAGAAUACCUAAUGAUAGACCACUCUUACAGACGCAACCAAAAUGGACACAGGGAAGACAAGAUUUACAAGUUCGCGAUUCAGUCUUGAUUAUUGAGGACACUUAUGCACGAAAUAACUGGUCUAAAGGCCUCGUGGUAAGUUUUGACCCAGGAGGAGAUAGUCUAUGGAACCAAGCGAAGAUCAGAACGUGGAAGGGUACAAUUAUUAGAGGCAUAUGUAAAAUUUGUUUAUUAGAAGGAGCUGAUGACCGAAAAGUAGGGGAUAGAGAGACUUUUCAGAGUGACUGUGGCUAGAGCAAAUCGUACCAUUGUCACUUUUGAAUGUUUUUACGUUAAUACCUAAUCAGCGAAAGUAAGGAAAGACAUGCUGUCUUUGGGGGGCGGUGUUAAGUUUGUUUCACAUUGUUCCUACAUGUUCCUUUUCUACUCUUUUGUAUGUUGUUUUAUACUACUUAUUUACAUUCAGUAGGCAGCUGUAUACCCAACAAUUUCCAAACUUAUGUUGUAACUCAAGUUGUACUAUAACAUUCUGGAAUGUUCACAUAUAUCUUUAAUGUUUAUUUUACUUAUAAUUGUAUUUAUCAUUAUAAUCACUGUAAUUUAAUUACUGUAAAGGUUAUCCACAGUUUAUGCAUUUGUUUGAAUGCAACAGUUUCCAUAUUGUUUGCUCUUGGUUCGAGUUUCGGUUGUUCAUAAACUGUUACCAAAUCUAGACACAGCUAUCGGCUGUCUUUGGACUAUCGUAUGUUGUAAUCAUUCUUUAUGUUACUCUUACAGGAAGCUUUUGCUAUUUUCAUUUUUGAACGACGCGUUUAAACGCCUAGACACCUCACAAGUUGAGGUUUGUAACUAAAUUUUGUGUAUUAUUUAAUAAAGAACCGCUUUUGUAGACAAAUCGUUGUUUUGGAACUUCGAUUUCGCGCGUAUCUCAAUCGGGGUUACUUCGACGCUUCGAUAGAAUUAACAAUGCUUAUUAUAACAUUAUUGCGUAUAUCAUGAACGAAAGUGGAAUUAUUAAUCUUGGUCGUGCUGUCAUUAAAUUGUGACAUUUACGCAAUCAUAUCACCCACCGAACAAAUUAUCAUUUUAUGAAAAUUCCACACCACGUAAUGACGUCCAGAACUCAUUGGGAUAUUUUUACUAUUCAAAACGUGAAAGUUUCCUGCUUUAAGUGAGUUCACUCAAAUUUUUCCAAUGUCAUUUUGACCUAAUAUUACAUUCAUUCACUUAGUCGAGGUCCGCAAUUUAUGUUAUCACAACAUACAUUUUUCAUUUCGAAAUCGCCUCCCAUUAUGUCUAUGGAUGCAUCUAACUAGCUAAUUAGUAACCAUUACGUUCAUUUUAUCUAUUCUUCCACGUGCAUAACUAAAUUCUGCAUCACUUAUCACUCGAAAACGCUAUUCGAGUACUGCAACUACUAUUCUAUAUACAUCGCACUGUAUAUCAGAACAUAGAGUUUAGAGCUGGUCUCUCAAAGAUACACUCUUGUUCGUCACAUCCAAGUUAGUCUCAUACGUCACCAUCGCUAAUCAUAUGUAUUGGUAUUUCUGUCAUGCCUUGGUACGGUUUUGUAACAAACGAGGUUGAGCGCAUCUCCAUUGAAGCGCACAAACCACUCUGGGCUUCACGACCGAAAAGGAAUACGCCUUGACGUACCUCGUCUACUCAGUCACUAUUCUGUUCCUCUGGUCGUUCUACUAAUACAUAUUUAACGAUAACUCAAUGCAUCUGACAUAACGCAAACGACAACGUUCACUGACUUCACAUUUUAUGAUUACUAUCAAUUGCAGUACAGCAACGAAUAUCACCCAUCGAUACAGUCAUCAUUUCAUUACUUCACUAUUAUUAUCCUACGAACGGGAACUACGCAUUUAAAUUCGAAUUCACUCAUCGCUAGUCGAUGCUAUUUAUUCUACUGCGGCUCAUCAGAACAUAUAUUUAACAUGUUUCACUAUCCUGCCGACAUCACAGACUAAUUUCUGUCGUAUCCUACUCUACUUAUCUUCAUGAUUUGUUUCGCUGUCAUACCCACAAACAAUUUAUUAUUAUUUUCACGAUAUUUUGAAUCACUCAUACAAACGUGUUAUUUUAUUGUUCAGACAGUCAUAGCAUUAGUACAUGUUAAUUUUUUGUACGCUCAUUAAUUUGCUCAUAUUCGCAUGCUAACGUUUCCAUUUUUGUCUGCGUCUUUGCGAUAUUCAUGUAUUCUUCACAUAUAAUACACUAACCCCUCAUGUGACACUGUACUUUAUCGAGUGUUGUACAAUUUUUUUCGUUACUUGCUGUUAACGUUAACUUCAUAUCACUUCAGUGUUAUUUUCGAAAACAGACAUUCUUUAAAUGUGCAAUUUUCUACAAGGGCGCUAUGUAGUGUCAGUUAUAAUGUUAAGCCCAUAUACCUUAUUCUAGCUUUCGGACAUCCCAUUCUAUUCAUUCUACUUGAGUCAUAUGUUGACUUUGUUAGUUAUUCGCUUAUCAAUCUAGACUGAUUUUUUAUAUGAGCGCAUAUGUGUGUGCUCUUCUUAUCCCAUUAAUCACAUGUCUGUAGUUUAUUUUGUCUGACUAUAAAUAUUGAGUCUCGUUUCAUCAAAAUCGGAGUUGGCUUCCCAGCCAUCUUCCCUUCGUGUCAUUUUGCUUUGUUCUGUUUCAUUCGCUUCAUAUACAAGAUAUAUGUAUUCACAAAUC